CUCUCUUUCUCAUUCUCUCUUGUGCUUUGAUCUCUGCUUAACAACAGUAACGUCACAGGGACUGUACAGGAGAGUUUUGUUGGAAGUUAGAAAGUUUUGCAGCCUCCAGAGGGCUGUAGCGGCAGUAGCAGCAAGCAGCAUCCAAGGGACUCCUGGAAGGGAAGGAGAGAGAGAGAGAGAGAGAGAGACUGACUCAGUCCUUUAGAAAACUGACUUUAGAAGAAGGAGACAGACAUGGAACAUCAGCUGCUGUGUUGUGAAGUGGAAACCAUCAGAAGAGCCUAUCUAGAUGCCAACCUACUAAAUGACAGGGUUCUGCAGACAAUGCUGAAGGCAGAGGAGACCUGCUCGCCCUCUGUAUCCUACUUCAAGUGCGUGCAGAAGGAAAUCUUGCCAUAUAUGAGGAAAAUAGUUGCCACUUGGAUGCUGGAGGUUUGCGAGGAGCAGAAAUGUGAAGAGGAAGUUUUCCCCUUGGCUAUGAAUUAUUUGGACAGAUUUUUGUCGUUUGAACCCCUGAAGAAAAACCGAUUGCAACUUUUGGGAGCUACCUGCAUGUUUGUGGCUUCAAAAAUGAAGGAAACUAUUCCUCUAACCGCAGAAAAACUGUGCAUUUACACCGAUAACUCCAUUAGACCCGACGAAUUACUGCAAAUGGAGCUGUUUCUGGUGAAUAAGCUGAAAUGGAAUCUGGCCGCAAUGACCCCUCAUGAUUUCAUUGAACAUUUCCUUUCUAAAAUGCCUGUUGCUGAGGACACCAAGCAAAUCAUCCGUAAACAUGCCCAGACUUUUGUGGCUCUAUGCGCUACAGAUGUUAAGUUUAUUUCAAACCCACCUUCCAUGAUCGCAGCUGGGAGUGUGGUAGCAGCUGUGCAAGGCCUUCACCUGGGAAACACUAACACUUUCCUCUCCUAUCAAUAUCUCACACAUUUCCUAUCACAAGUUAUCAAAUGUGACCCGGAUUGUUUACGAGCUUGCCAAGAACAGAUUGAAUCCCUCCUUGAAUCCAGUCUACGCCAGGCACAGCAACACAACAUAUCUUCAGAAACAAAGACUGUUGAGGAUGAAGCAGACCUUUCCUGCACGCCCACCGAUGUGCGAGAUGUGAACAUUUAAGAGGACUUCUACAAAUCGGUUUGUUUGGCAAUGAGAGCAGACAAAGAAAGGGCAUCUGAGAAGGAAUCAGCAUCAGGAUCUCUCCCCCAGAAACCCUUUUCUCCAGGACAUUUUUAUACCAGAAGGGAAAGCUUCACUCUUGUUAUUUUUUUCCUUGCUCUUUCUCCCUUCCAUCUGUGACUUCAAACAAACAAAAAAUACCCCAAAACUGUCUUAAAAAAAAAAAAAGAAAAAUAAUAUUUGCAUGACCCCAAGGGGUUUGUGCUACAAAAAAUAGAGGAUUUUAUACAAUAAUCAACUAGUUUUAUGUUAAAGUGUUCUUGUCUGUAUGUUGUAAAAAUAGACAUUAACACACAAAAUGUCUCCAGGGGAGGUAUUAGAUUUGAUUUCUUACAUAUAAAACAAACAAAACCAACCAACGAACCAUUUUUAAAGUAGAAGAGGGUUUUUUAAAAUAGAAAAUGACAUAUUCUUUUUGUUUUUUUCCUAUAAAAAGCAUAGCUUUAACGCAGUUCUAGGCUUUUCUGUAUCUUGCUUGCUUAUGCAUUUAGUCACUUUAUAAUUCAUCUGUAAAUGUUUAUUUUAUUUUCUUAGGUUUUUAUCCUCUUCACCUUAUAAAUGGUUAACGUAACCCAUAAGUUAGUGUAUUUUAGUAUACCGCAUUAUUAUAUGUUAAUCUUUUGUACCUGUGGAUUGCCUGUGCAUAAGGCUUUUGUAGGGUUCCAGCUUAGCAUUGUCGGGGAAGGGCCAAUGUACUACUCAUACGAUACUCUAUUAUAAAGAGAAACCGAAAUAUUGACAUAAUAUAUUAUAUUUUUGUAAUCUUCAUAUUUUUGUAGUUACCUGUGUAUAAAAUGCUGGUCUGACCCAACAGAUAUUCAGCCUCAUUAUGGUCAGGUUCAAUCCACAGCCUAGUCUUUUUUUUUUUUUUUUUAAAUAUUCUAAAACCAUUCCAUUCAAAGCACUUUCAAUCCAUUAGAUAUAGGAAAUACGUUCUUUUAUUGUGGGAAUUUUUUUUUUAAAUGGAAUGGUUUGGAAAUAUAUAAGUGCUUGUGCGCAAACUUUGAAUUGCAAAGCAAGUGCAUUUAACUAUGGUGUUAGAGGAAAGGUGAUUUUUUUUCAAAGGUUGUGUUUCAGUGAGAGAAAUUGCAUUCACAAAUUGCCAGGAUAUCUUCCUAUCCUUUUCUAUGGAAAAGUUGAAGUUUAGAAAUCCUUUGAUGCCAACUCAUGUUUGUAAAUUAGGGGCCUUAAAGGUUCACGUAUAGGACACAUAGUUUAAGGAUUGUCUCUAGAUGUUUUACAACUGAAGGUUUUUAAACACUAAAAUAUAUAAUUUAUAGUUAAGGCAAAAAGAAUAUUUAUUGCAGAGGAUGUUCAUAAGGCCAGUAUGAUUUGUAAAAUAAUGCAAUCGCCCCUUGAUUUAAAAAAAAAAAUCUUUCUAUCCUUGAUGUUGCAGUUUUAACACAGCUUAUUAAAGAAAAAAAAAGACACUCUUUUCAAAAACAGUGUAUUUGGCCCCUUCUUAGACAUUUCCAAAAACUAUCUAACCAUGAGAAACGCCAUAGUUAAAAAAGAAUAGAUUUGGUGUACUUGAAAGGAGUUCUUAUUCCAAUAUAUCCCCCCAUUGUUUUUUUUUUUAUUUAGCUACAAAUAGAAAAUUUGCACAUCUUGGCUAUGUAUCUUUUUAUUAUUAUUUUAGAAAGUAGCUGAAGGGACGUGGACAUAGCUGUUGAAGUUGAUGCUCGAGGAGAAUGUGAUGGUGAAAUGUAUGUGAGAAAACUGCCGCUAAGGUGUUGAUUGUAAAAAAAUUUAAAAAAGAAAAGAAAGGAAAAAAAGAAAAAAAAGGAGUGGAUGCUCCAUUUUUAUUGAGCUGCUAUGGAUAAAUUCCCAGCAUGGUUUGAAAAAAAAUUAACAUUGCUUUCUGUAUCUUUGUCAUUGUGUUUUGCUGCUAUUUUAUGGAUCAGUUUUUUUUGUUUUUGUUUUUUGUUGUUAUACAAUGUCAUAUACUGCCAUGUUAUAGGUUUUAAUUUUCUCAUAGAAAAUUAUAUUAUUGACAUCAUUUUUUGUAGAUUUUUAUGUGAUCAAUUUUUACUUAAUGUGAUUAUUACUGCUCUAUUCCAAAAAGGUUCCUGUUUCACAAUACCUCAUACUUCAGUUAACCAUGUUUAGACCAGGUUUUAAUGUUCGUUCACAGUGCCUCAUAGUUCUACUGCAAACUGAAAUGCAUUGAACAUUAUGCUGAAUGGGUCUCGCGAUUCGCAACUAGGUUGCAUUAAUUUAAAAACGACAGACAUUUCAGAAGAUCAAGUAAUGUCAGUUUUUUGUUAUGCGUUUUAUAAAGCUGGAUUCUUUGUCUGAUCUGGGGUUUAUUAUCAUAGUAGUUUUAAGAUGUGUUAUUAGCCACAUUGAUAUAUGAAAGGUGCAUUAUAAUAUAACUCUUAUAUGCCACUUGGUGUUGUUUCCCAUCAGCUGGGACUCAUCAUUUGGUGUGAUAGGUUAUCUUCUGGAACUCUUAAGUAUUUUGUGUGUUUAAUCUGUUAUAAUAUACUAGGGGGUUUUGUUUUGUUUUUUUGUUAAUUAUAGCAUAAUGCUAAUUUAAAAAAGCCUGUAAAUCUCAUAAAUAAGCCAGCUAACAGAGUUGUAUGCUGAAGAAUAAUCUAGCUGUUGCCUGUAUGCUGCUAAACCAAAACAGAAUUAGAACUCAUUUUGAGGGCAAAUGCAGUUAAGAUCCUACAUAGUGUAUAAAUAAAGCAUUGCAAUGCUACUAGCAGUCGCAGGACCCAGGAGGACUGGAUACAUUCUGUCCAAAUUUCAGGAACAUUUCUUACUGCUUACCUCAUGAACACUUCUGUUUGUGGCAUCUCUGUGUCUCUGAACCAAACAUGAUUAUUGCAUUAGUGGUUGUUGGUUAUAUGUGUUACACUGAGUGGCAGUGCAUACUGCAGAUUUCUUUAAAUAUGUAUGUACUCAAAGGCCAAAUCCUGAUAAACAGGUUCAUGUGCCAACAGAGAUGCUUUAUUUGUCACAUUAUUAUAACAAUCUAUAGUAAGCAAGCAAUUCAGAUUUGUACAUUUUUUUAUAUUGUACUUAUUGGCAUCACUGGUCUGAAAUGCACAUUUUCACCAACAGACCUGUAACAGACAAGUUUCCAGCAAAAGAACUAAAGUCUAGAAAUAAAAUUUGUAAAACCCAAUGCCUGUGUGCUGUGUUUUUUAGUAGCUUCAUGAAUGUAAAAUUGCAGUUUAACAGCAUACAGCAGUUUUCAAUCAACUGGAAUCUGAUGUAGUGGGCAAACCACGUGGCAUUUUCUUGUGUUGACACUCCAUCCUUUAAAGUUUACAGUGUUUAAAUAAUUCAUUCUUCAACAUCUCUAGGAAGUGACAGGUAUUUUGGCAUUGGGUCAGUCAGCACAAAUUCAUAGAGAUGUAUAUAUUAAAUGUCACUCUUUUUUUUUUCCUGGCCUAAAGAUUUUCUUUUAUGCCUCCGUCUCAACUAACCAGCAGUUUGGUAGAUAUUUUCAAUAAUAAGUAAAAUAAAUUAGGAUUUUGAUGCUACAAAAUUAUUUCUAGCUUUCAAGUUUACCAGAGUAAUGGAAAUGUCCCCUUUAGAUAAUGACUAGUGUGUUUCCAAGACAGUAGUGUUAGAUUUUUAUUUCCCACCUGCCUCCAUUGUGUAUUACUGCUGUUAGUUCAAAUAAAGUAGUAGGGUAUAAAAGGUAAAAAUACAUAUUUUUGUUUGCAGAGCUUAACACUAGUAAAGGGCAAUAUACAAAAUAGGAAAAGAAUUGAACUAGGCUUGAAAAAAUAACGCUGGUAAAUAUGUGCUGGAUCAUUUAGCAAGUUAAGUGUGUGUGUGUGUACAUCCAAUGUAUUGUUUAUAUAUAUGAAUACCAAACUAAAAUUAGGUUGAAUUAUAUAUGAUCAUUUCCCAAUCUGAAGUCCUAAAGGAGAGUUCUUUUUAUCCCAAAUCUGUGUUUUGAAAAUUGGGGAAGUUAUUUCUCACUAGCUACAUCAGUCAAAGGAUCCAGACUAAAAGCAGAGGUACAUUUUCCCCCAUCCCAUCAUGAAAACUUCUAGAGCCUGACUCAUAAGUUUCCUGGGCAACUGGCAUCAGUGCCAAUUAGACUUAAUAGCACACUACAGGUUUCAUGCAAAAACUACACCAAAACUUUUAAGAGGUGUAAGAAGGUUGUCAUCUAAUCUGGUAACCUGUUGCAAAAUGAUUUGGUCACACUGCAGUUACCCAAUGCACUGGUAUCCCCAUCACAAAAAUUGUUACAAGUAUCACUAGUUGGUUGCCUUACUGACUCCCCUUACAGAGGAGAGACUGAAUUAUGUGGUCUACACUAGCACUUUCCUCUAGAAAGAGUCCCUCCUUUGAAGGAUUAAGGCAUGCUGAUGGGUUGAUGGGGGGAUAUUUGCAUGAUGGAAGAAGAGAAGACCUAAGCUAAAUUCAGAAUGAGUUUAAAUAGGUCUGAAGGAAUCUAAACUAAUGGUGGUCAAACAGUACCUAUUUUUUUUCACAGGAUUUUUUUUUAUCCUAACUUAAUUUACACCACUUACAUUCUCACUACUUAGAAAAUAAGAUACUAAGUACAUUUUAGACUCCCUUACACACAUCAGCAAGUGGGUGUAAAUGGAUCUAGGUGUCUAGCUGAGUGGGAAGGAGUUAAUUUAUAGCACCUUCUACAUUAAAUCUGAAUUUGGUUUAAUAUCUAUCAAUCUACACUUAAAUGCACAGACACUAUUAAAAAGCACCUAUUGUUAAACAGCAACUAUUAAAGUUAAACAUUUUUAAAAUUGCAGGACCAGAUAGCUUGCAUCCAAGAGUAUUAAAAGAAUUGGCCCAGGAGCUCUCCAAACCAGUAAUGUUGGGUUUUAACAGAUCUUGGAACACCAGGGACAUUUCAGAGGACAGGAAAAAAAUUCAUGCCACAAAAGGAGUAAAAGGAGUAAAUGAGUAACUAUAGGCUGAUUAGUCUGACAUCAAACCCUGGCAAAAACAUGGAAAGGAAGGUCUGGGAUACAAUGAGUAAAGAAUGAAAGGACUGCAGUGUAAAUUAAUGCCAAUCACUGGUUUAUGGAAAGUAGGUUUUGUCAGAUGAACGUGUCAUUUUUUUUUAUUAGAUCACAAGACUGGUUGAUAAAGCUGAUCGUGUUGACAUAAUAUACUUAGAUU